AUGAAAUGCCUGAGAGAGAUUGAGAGAGAUUAUGUUGCAUGGAACACGAUGAUUGCGGGGUAUGCGCAAUGUGGAAGGCCAAAGGAGGCGUUGGAUAUGUUCCGUUUGAUGCAAAUGGAGGGUGUGAAACUUAAUGAGGUGUCAAUGAUUUUGGUUUUGAUUUUGUCUGCAUGUACCCAUAUGGGUGCAUUGGAUCAGGGAAGAUGGGUGCAUGCAUAUGUGGAGAGGCAUAAGGUUAGGAUGACAAUGACACUGGCAACUGCACUUGUUGACAUGUAUGAAAAAUGUGCGAACAUUGAUAAGGCAAUGAAAGUUUUUGGUGCAGGGCAGGCAGUGGCACUCAGAGUAACAGCAGAUCGUUGUGCUUUCUAUAAUUGCAGGUUCCUUGGGUGGCAGGACACACUAUACUUACAUUAUGGAAAGCAAUACUUGAAAGAUUGUUACAUUGAAGGGAGUGUGGACUUCAUUUUUGGUAAUAGUACUGCACUCUUGGAACAUUGUCACAUCCAUUGCAAGUCCGCAGGGUUUAUAACUGCACAGAGCAGAAACUCUCCACAGGAAAAAACUGGUUAUGUAUUCCUGAGAUGUGUUGUCACAGGUAAUGGGGGAACUUCAUAUGCAUAUCUGGGAAGACCAUGGAGACCUUUUGCAAGAGUGGUUUUUGCAUUCACUUUCAUGGAUCAAUGUAUAAAGCCUGCAGGGUGGAAUAAUUGGGGCAAAGUGUUCGGACCAGGUUUCUGUCCAUCCCAAAGAGUGAAAUGGGCCAGAGAAUUGAAGAAUGAAGGAGCUGAGCAGCUUCUCGAGUCACACCUUCAUUGA